AUGAGUUCCAAUUCUCCUCAAAAAUUUUGGUACGGAGGACUUGCCUCUGGCUGUGCAUGCUUUUUUACUCAUCCAUUGGAUCUUGCUAAGGUCCGACUUCAGGCUGCCCCUAGUAGCGGUGAAAAUUUAGUCUCCGUUGCCGUUAAGAUCAUUCGACAUGAGGGUUUUUUUGCAGCUUACAACGGCCUAACUGCCGCAUUGCUCAGACAGGCAACUUAUUCUACGGCCAGGUUCGGUGUCUAUGAAAAACUUAAAGAGUUUUUCACCCAGCAGACUCAUCAUCAAUUGAACGCUAUUCAAUUGUUGGGCUGUUCCAUCUGUGCUGGUGCUAUAGGUAGCAUUGUAGGUAAUCCGGCUGAUGUUGUCAAUGUUAGAAUGCAGAACGACAAGUCUCUACCUUUAGCUCAACAGAGAAACUAUAGGGAUGCAUUGGAUGGUCUCUAUAAAGUGUGCAGAGAUGAGGGUGCCAAAUCUCUCUUCCGUGGCUGGGCUCCAAAUAUUGUUAGAGGCGUUCUAAUGACCUCUUCACAGGUUGUUUCCUAUGAUCUGGCCAAGAGAUUCCUCGUGACGAGUUUUUCCUUUGAUCCUACAACUAAGUCUACCCAUUUCACAGCCUCCUUAUUUGCUUCUCUUGUCGCAACCACCAUUUGUUCUCCUGCUGAUGUCAUCAAAACCAGAAUUAUGAAUUCUUCGGACAAGGCCAAUGAUGGGCCUGUCCAGAUCUUGCUCAGAUCUGUCAAGAAAGAGGGUAUAAGAUUCAUGUUUAGAGGUUGGCUACCUUCUUUCGUCAGGUUGGGCCCUCAUACUAUUCUCACCUUCCUUGGUAUGGAACAACUAAGAAAGUGGAGAUUCGGUAUGAAAGACUGA